GUCGGCGAGAAUUACGCUGUAAAAAUCUAGAAAAGCAAAACUAAAAGAGGAAUUAUCAGAGGAGGAGAAGCGCACAGUAGGAACCAUAGAGACGGUCCAACCCUAGAUUAGAUGAACGGUGAGUUGACUUCUUUUCCAUUAUCGACCCACUCAUCUCUCGCCACGUCAUAAGCUUUGUAAUCCAUACCCUGAACCGGCAUCCUCUCUGUCAUCGAAAAACCCAAUUCCGCCGCCGGCGAAUCCUCCCCGGGAAAAAAAAACUCUGACAGUAAGAUUGCUUUUAUUCCUUAACCGUUGCUUAGUUCCUCUUAACAUCUCAAAAAAGUUCGAUACUUUCUGAUGAUUUACGUGGAUUUCAGGAUUGAUAAUGGUGAUGCUGCCGGCAUGAUAAUGGAGAUUCCAGUGGAGAAUCAUAAUGAAAUGGAUGAAAGCUCUGGUCAAGCAAUGACUCUUGAGCAAGACGACGAAAACCAUAAUGAGAUAGGUGAAAGUUCUAAUCAAGCAAUGCCUCUUGAGCAAGACGAGAAGGUAGAUCCGGAUUCUAUCCCUCUGGAUGUUUCUGAUAUGGCGGAGGAGGAGGAGGAGGAGGUUCAAGGUGAUGAGCCUUAUGUCGGACAGGAGUUUGAAUCUGAAGCAGCUGCACAUGGGUUUUAUAACGCUUACGCUACGAAAGUAGGGUUCGUCAUCCGAGUUAGCAAACUGUCACGGUCAAGGCAUGAUGGAUCUCCCAUAGGAAGGCAACUUGUUUGUAACAAGGAAGGGUAUAGGUUGCCUAGCAAGCGUGACAAGGUUAUUAGACAAAGAGCGGAGACGAGGGUUGGGUGUAGAGCAAUGAUUUUGAUUAGGAAAGAAAAUUCUGGUAAAUGGGUUAUUACAAAGUUUGCCAAGGAGCAUAACCAUCCUUUGAUGCCUGGAAGAGUUCGAAGGGGUUGCAUCUAUGAUCAGUAUCCGAAUGAGCAUGACAAAAUCCAGGAGCUGAUGCAGCAGCUAGCUGCAGAGAAAAAGAGAGCUGCUACUUACAAAAGACAUCUGGAGAUGCUCUUUGAACAGAUUGAGCAGCACAAUGAAAGCCUUACUAAGAAAAUCCAGCACAUUGUAGACAAUGUGAGGGAUCUGGAACAGAGAGAUCAUCAACAGAACCAAGUAUAGUCUUAGUUUGAUUAGGAGAUAGGUCUUCUCUUCUUUAUUCGCUUCCCCAUUCUCUCUCUUUUAAUAAACAUUUGUCUUAUCAAGAAACAAAGAGCUUGCAAUUACCUUCAACAAAGUUUUGUUAUUUCUU